AUGGCAACAUUGACUGAGACUGCGCCGAGCCCGUCGUAUAAACUGGAGCUGAUGACGGCCUACGGGCCUGUCUACCGGGACGUGCUGAGGACGGCUCCACGAGACUGUGACCCGUCCGAGGUCCCUGUUAUCGACCUCUCUGGUAUCUACGGGGACCUCGAGUCCCGAAAAGCUCUCGCGGCGACUGUACGCGAGGCCGCUGAGAACACGGGCUUCUUCUACAUCAAAAACUCCGGCAUCCCGAAAAAAUUGAUCGAGGCCGCCUACAAUCAGGCCAAGAACCUGUUCGCGCAGCCGGAAGAGAAGAAGCGUGAGGUGUCGACGGCGCAUUCCAAGUGGUUCAACGGGUGGACAGAGAAGCAUGGUAGCCAUCUCUCACCGUCUGAGACACGGGACUACAGGGAGGGCUUUGGGUGGCGCUACGAUCCCAAGUACGAUCCGGACCCCAAGGACCUGGACGCCGUGCCCGAGGACAUCAAGCCGUGGAUUAGGGGGGAGGACUUUGUGUGGGAAAAGACGAGUCACAUCCCUGGCUUUAAGCGGGACAUGAUCGCGUACUGGCAGGAGUGCCUCAAGCUCGCGCGCCGCAUGAUCAGGAUCUUUGCCCUCGCCCUGGACUUGCCAGAGACGUACUUUGAUCACAUCGUCACAUUCCCGGGUGCUGAUGGGGUGCUCAACUACUACCCCAAGAAUGAGGACGCGGCCGAUGCAUCUAUAGACGUCGGGCUGGGCGCCCACACAGAUCUCCAGUCCUUCACCUUCCUCUGGCAGGACUCGGUAGGCGGGCUGCAGGUGCUCACCAAGGAGGGUCAGUGGAUCAGGGUGCCUCCGAUAGCAGACACAUUCGUGGUGAACAUUGGCGACUUCCUGACGAGGCUUUCGAAUGACCGCUUCAAGUCGACCGUGCACAGAGUUUAUAACCACGCCCCAGUCGAUAGAUACUCGAUGCCCUUUUUCUUCGGCUUCAAUUUCAACGAGAAGUGCGGCGUGCUCCCGACGUGCACGAGUGAGAGCAACCCGCCGAAAUAUGAGCCCAUUACCUGUGGGGAGUGGUGCCAGCUGAGGUUUGAGAAGGGCAGCAGGACGAAGAGGCCAGCCUACUGA